AUGAUUGACUUUCUAGUGCCGCUUCACGCGGCAGAUCUGGAACUGGCCAAGACGGAUAGAUAUCAUGUGCAAACGGUGCUAACGUUUGACGAUGAGGCGCCAGCAGAAAUUUCAGCCCAUUUACAGCGACUGGAAAAUCAGGUGCUGGGCAGUGAGGGGGGGCUGGACAUACUGCAGGAGGAGUGGCUGGAUUUGACGUAUAGUCUUGUGAAAAAGUUACCAGCUUUAUCUGAUCAGCUUCGUAUGCGAGUAGUGGAAAUGCUGGCAGCUUUUGUUAGUAAUGUGACCGAGAGCGCGCUAGCUCGACGGCUGGGCAGCGACGACACGGAUGACGUAAUGGAGUACCGUAAUGCAUUCAAGGCCAGUAUCUACUUUCUUACCACGGCGCUUGUGAGCGUCAGUACUUUGCAGUUGCAGUCAGAAAAAGACAUUCUUAAGCACAAAGGCAAAGCCAAGGGCCAAAAUUCGGCAAUAAAUCGCAUCAAUUGGAGCAAAGUGGUGGAGGGAGCUAUACAGAAAUUAAGUCGCUCUGUUAGUCCAAAGACUUUUUCCAUGUGGAAUAUGAACGUGCCUGAAGAGGAAUUUUCCAUGCUAUAUUGCAAAGUUGUUUUCGAAUUGCUCGGAAAUGCAACGCUCUGUCGCGGAAAAUGUCUUAAGCCCAGGCUAUACCAUCUGCUUGCCAUGAGCCUUCAAAAAGCGCCCUCUAUUCACAUUUCCGUCGUAGCCUCACUUAUUGAUCUAAUUUACACACAUGAACACCUAAGCACAUCCAUCGCAGAGCUCAUCGAGUUGCUGUACUUUAAAUAUGCCAACGUGACAUUUGCGGCAGAUCUCAUUAGUGAAAUUGGAAAAAUUUCCGUGCGAGACUCAUCUAAAGACGUCGUUGGGACACGAAACAUCGCCAUGUUUCUUUCAAGUUUGUCUACUCUUACCCCUGCAUUGAUCAUGAGCAAUUUAAGUUUCGUACUAGCCUUAUUGGAUUCGGAAGCAUAUCAGCUCCGGAACGCUGCUGUGACAUGCGUGACACAGAUUUUGCUUUGGAACUUCCGCCAAAGUGGUCGACAAGAGCCUGAAGAUGUUGCAAACUCGGUGCCGCAAACCGUAAAUAAGUCUUGGCAGCAGGAAGAGAUGAAAAGUAGCGAUGAUGAGGUAGAUAAGAAUACUUCUGACAUCAAGGAAAAUGAGGAUGAGGAUGGCACUAAGACAGACUCGAAUGUUGACGAAGAGAACAGUGAAGAGGAUAAUGCAAAUGGUCAUCGUAUAUUCUCUCGCUCUACAAGAGAUCAGCUCUUGAGCGUGCUAGAGGAUCGAAGCUACGACAUUAACUCGUUUGCGCGAGGCCACGUGCUAAAGAUGUGGGCGCAGUUGUGUGAGGAAGGAGCUUUACCAUUGCAUAUGCUCAAGAACGUGACUUUGAUGGCUGUCGGUAGAUUGCACGACAAAGCCGCAGUAGUUCGCCGUCAUAGCAUCCACCUUCUUUCCUUGUUACUGGAAAGAAACCCAUUUAUGGGGAAUUUGAGUCGUCAAUUUUACCAGAACAAGUGUGAUGAGCUUACAAAAGACAUGAAGAGGAAGCGGGAUGAAGUGAUUGCUGGCGCAGAAAAGGAAAUAAGUGAAGCGAUGGAAGAGAUUGCUAUUGUGCAAGAGAACAUAAGCACUGCAUUGUCAGUUCAAUCAACAAUGCCCUCAGUAGAGCAUGCUGCUGAGCUCGAGAAUGAGCUAAAGAGGACAGAGCGCCUGUUACAAUUUUACCAAGACGCAAUUGACUUUAUCGACGUAUUUGAGGUACAAGCCCUGCCACUGAUGGGUCAACUAAUCGGAAGCAAAUCGAUUUCUGAUGUACUGGAGGCGAUUCAAUUUCUUGAAAAGGCAUAUCGCUUCCAUCUUGGCGCUGCCCAGACCAGAAUAAAAAAUGUUUUGUCGCUGACGUGGCGAGCAGACCUAUCUAUCCAAGAACAACUGUCAAACACAUUUAUAAGUCUUUUCAUCCGUAUCGAUGAAGACGACCCUGAGCGAAACUCACCACAACUGGUGGCUGAAAACCUUGUCAAGUUCUUAGAUGAAUGCACAGUUGCAGAGUACACAUGUCUAGAACGAAUUCUGGGGGAACUGCAUCGUAGCCAAAUGAUGCCAAUGGUUGUAAUUACUUCUCUGUGGGGACUGGUGGAUGUGACUGCGUAUCCGGUCUCAAUUGUGAGCAAUGCAUUAGCUCUGUUAAGUAUGAUUGCAAACGUUGAUGACUCAAUGCUUUUUGCCAACGAUCGCCUCGGCCAAGUGCUUUUAAUGGGUUUCGGGGAUGUAGCAUGUAGCCCAAAUUCUCACUAUCGUGUUCUUGGGGCGGCCUGUCGACUGGUUAAAUGCAUUCAACUGGAGCCUAAGAUGGCGACUGCUCAGAGCAACAGCCAGACGCAGAGGCGUAUUCAACGUUCAAAUUUGGAUGCGACGGAGCUGAUCAUCCUUCGCUUGCAGCGCUUUCUUGCCCUUGACUUCGUAGGUGACGAAGGUGUUGAGCUACAGUGUUUGCAUUCUACGUGGUUCGACACCGUGCAACAGGCGAUUGAAGCCAUUUUCUCGAUUUGUGAGCGUCCAGAGGACGUUUGUGGCGACGUCGUUAAACAUUUAUCUCUGCGUUUGUUUGAGAGCGAGACAAAUAACGUAUCUCGUGUUGAGCUUGCGCAUUUUUUCUUCGUGUUGGGUCACUCAGCAGUAAAAGUUGCAAUUCACGUGGAAAAGCUAGCUGCAAAAGUGAAAAAGAUGCGCAGCAAUCACACUGCUACAGUGAAAGCCACGUGUACUGCAGCUUCCCAUUGCGAUUCCGAAGACGUUUCUGCUAUGGAAGACGAGCUGGGUGUGGCGGCAGAGGUCGAAGCCGAGGAAGAUACGUUUGUGAAUAAUAUCAUCCAAAAAGAAAUUGCUUGUCGUAAUCUACUUGGAUUGUAUGGCCCUCUCAUCAUCCGUGUGUUGGUUGGAAAUGAAGAAGAGUUUAGGCGUGGUGGCUUACUGACCGAAUGUGCCGUAGUCGCACUCAGUAAGUUCAUGGCGGUUUCAGAAUUUUUUUGUGAAAAGCAUCUUCAGCUAUUAUUCACAAUUCUUCAGGACUCGCCACAGCCUUCAGUACGCGGUGAUGUCAUUAUCGCACUAGGUGAUCUCUCAUUUCGAUUUCCAAAUUUGAUAGAGCCGUGGACAUCGCACUUGUAUAAUCGUCUACGUGAUGUAAAUCUCAACGUCCGCAAGAAUACGAUUGUGGUGCUUUCUCACCUUAUUUUGAACGACAUGAUUAAGGUUAAAGGUCAGAUUAGCGAGAUUGCCAUCUCUUUGGUCGAUGAAAAUGAUGGCAUUCGUAGUCUAGCCAAGCUCUUUUUCUAUGAGCUGUCGAAAAAAGGAAACAAUCCCGUUUACAACAUGCUUCCGGACGCCAUUGGUCAACUGUCGACGACCGAGCUGCUGGCUAACUCGGACUUUCAGACGAUAGCGCGAUUUCUUAUCAAUUUCAUCACGAAGGAUAAACAGAUCGAAAGCAUUGUCGAAAAGCUUGUUCAGCGAUUUCCAGCUGCUUCCAAAGUACAACAGCACCGCGAUCUGGCCUACUGCAUAGCGCGUUUGCCUCACACUGAGAAAUCUCUGAAAUAUAUGUAUCAGAACCGCAAGCUCUACAGCGAUGCCCUACAUGAUUCUGCAGUUGCUGAUCACUUCACGUCUAUGAUUGCGAAAACAAGACGGGUCAAGAGCACGCUCGCAUCGACAGCUGAGAUGAAAGAAGCUAUUGACAAAAUGGACCAAUUUGUCACUGGAAAGAAAGAGGGCAAGGAAGAGAUUGAAAGAUUGGAAGACGAACCUUCGGAAUGUAAUGUCUCAUCGCCGAAGGCAAAGGCCAAAGCGAAACAAAGAGUUUUCGCCAAAGCUGGAAAAUCUACGCGAGCUUUAUCAAAAAAGAGAGAGCGAGGGAAGCGUAAGCCAACACGCACAAAAAAAGCGAUUGGCGUCGUAGACGAGCAAUCGUCGGAAGAAGACAAGUAA